GUCAAGUCUAUGAUGCCGUCCAUUGGGAUAGUUUCGAUGGUCGGCGGCCGAUUCGGGUCAGUGCGGGAGUACGACAGAUUUCGUAGGUCGCGGGUCGAGAGGUCGCCGUGCAAGAAGAAGCUCGUCGCCCAACGGGCAAAGAACGGUCCCAUCUCGGCUCGAGGGACUUCGGGAUCGGUCUGGGGCACGUGCAUCCCUUCCGGGUUUGGAAUACCAAAGACGACGAGGAUAACGCUUCGUACGGAACUGCUGAGUGUCCUGCGCGCAUCUUCAGCGACAGCUACGCCACCCGGAAGAGAAAGCGAUUCGACAAGCCCCGCGAUCAGCAGCGCCAAGUCUCGACCCAUCUCCUCAAUGAAUGCCUCCUUCUCCACUUCGCUCCCGUUCAUGAGCAAAUCGAGCUCGUCCGGAUGCGGAGUGGACCCGUCGUAUUCUCGGCGAUUCGGAGCGAUGACACGGACGCCGUUCGAGGGCCCGAGGGCAGCUAAGGACUGGAAGGUCCCUGGACGCCGCAGUUCAUACUCGAGGUCCAGUCCAGACUGCUAGAAGAACACGCACCGUUGUUGAACAUGAUCCCAUGAAUGAGCACCAGCGUGACAUAGUUUGUCUUGUUCGAUGUGGGAAUCCCGCUGUCGGUGUAGCUGAAGACGAUUCCGCUGGGAAGAGUGAAGGAAGGCAUGUACAGGGAGAUUGUGCCAUGCCCUUAUAUGCCCUUUCGUCGGUGUGAUUCAUGCUUGAUGUGUCAGUCACAGGAUGAACGGCGAUGUAAUGGACCUACUCAAUCGCGUUAAGCGAGGGUUGGCAUUCAUGAGCAGCGUGUAAGCACCCCAGACGUGCCCGGGUGUGCUCACCAUCAUGCCGACAAGCAUUAAGUUGCGCGCCGCACGGCUUUUAGUACUAGAUUUUUAGAUAAUGCGCACCGGAUGAUCCAGUGCUUAGUGAGCUCAUACAUCACAGAUUGUCCAUACGCGAGUAUUUGUUCUUGGGGCUAGCCUAGGCACGGCUGAGAGCCGAAGUCUAGCUGCCCCGCCUCGACGUCAAACAUGCUGACACAUGUGCGAUGAUCGCGAGCAGUGUUUGGAAGGCAAGGCAGUCCGUAGCAAGAUCAGACUCCCGAGAGCCAGCCGUGAGUCCUUGCGCGCAAAAAGAUAUCAUGCAGACAGCCACUAUCACGCAGCACGCUCGGUUGGACCAUUUUCGGAUCAGUUACGCAGCGUGAGCGACACAAGCGGCAGCCUGCAGCACCUGUCAAGGUCGCAAUGUGUU